UCGACGUGUACAUCCUCACGCUGUGCUUCCGGUUAAGCAAAGCGUGAUCAGUCGUGCUCAGUCUCUCUUCCCUUCCUCGGCUCACAGUAGAGGCGUCUCGUAGGACUCUCCCGGUUCCUUUACCUCUCUCUCUUCCCUCCCUAACGGAAUACUCAUUCAGCCCAGCGGACAUGGCAUCUGCAGUACCGGCACAAGUUCAGCCCAACCCAGCUUCGCAGCUGCAGAGGGGAAUAGUGAAGAUGGUCUUGUCUGGUUGUGCUGUCAUCGUUAGGGGUCAGCCGCGAGGAGGACCCCCUCCAGAACGGCAGAUCAACCUGAGUAACAUCCGAGCCGGAGCUCUCGCCCGUCGUGCAGUUCAGGGUCAACCAGAUACCAAGGACACACCAGAUGAGCCAUGGGCUUUCCAGGCACGAGAGUUUCUGCGCAAGAAGGUAAUCGGCAAAGAAGUCUGCUUCACCGUGGAGAAUAAAACCCCUCAAGGCAGGGAAUACGGCAUGGUCUACCUGGGAAAAGACACCUCAGGAGAAAAUAUCGCAGAGUCUCUGGUGGCCGAAGGUCUCGCCACAGUUCGCAGAGAAGGCAUCAGAGGAAACAAUCCUGAGCAGGCCAGACUGUGUGAUUUGGAGGAUCAAGCCAAGGCUUCUAAAAAGGGUCUGUGGUCUGAGGGUGGAGGCUCACACACCAUUCGAGAUCUGAAGUACACCAUCGAGAACCCUCGCAACUUUGUGGACUCCCUCCACCAGAAACCAGUCAAUGCCAUUAUUGAACACGUGCGUGAUGGCUGCAUGGUACGGGCGCUGCUUCUGCCCGACUACUAUCUGGUGACAGUUAUGCUGUCUGGAGUCAAGUGCCCUACAUUUAAACGGGAGGCAGAUGGCAGUGAGACCCCCGAGUCCUUUGCAGCAGAGGCAAAGUUUUUCACGGAGUCACGACUUCUUCAGAGAGAUGUGCAGAUCAUUUUGGAGUCCUGUCCCAACCAGGUCAUUCUUGGGACCAUCUUGCACCCGAACGGUAACAUCACAGAGUUGCUGUUGAAGGAAGGCUUUGCUCGUUGUGUGGACUGGUCCAUGGCUGUGUACACCCAGGGUGCCGAGAAGCUCAGAGCAGCAGAACGAUCAGCGAAAGAGCGUAAAGUGAGAAUCUGGAAGGACUAUGUUGCUCCCACAGCCAAUCUGGACCAGAAGGACAGACAGUUUGUUGCAAAGGUGAUGCAAGUCGUGAAUGCAGAUGCCAUCGUGGUGAAGCUGAACUCUGGGGAGUAUAAGAACAUUCACCUGUCCAGCAUCAGGCCCCCGAGGCUUGAAGGCGAGGAGAAGAACAAGGACAAAGACAAGCGUUUCCGUCCACUCUAUGACAUUCCUUACAUGUUUGAGGCCCGGGAAUUCUUGAGAAAGAAGCUCAUUGGCAAGAAGGUUAAUGUCACGGUCGAUUACAUCAGAGCUGCCACCAGUGCCACAGAAACGAGUAGCGUACCAGCUUUCCCAGAGCGCACCUGUGCUACAGUGACCAUUGGAGGAAUUAACAUUGCAGAGGCUCUGGUCAGUAAAGGUCUCGCCACAGUGAUCAGAUACCGUCAGGACGACGAUCAAAGAUCUUCCCAUUACGACGAGCUCUUGGCGGCAGAGGCAAGGGCGCUCAAGAAUGGCAAAGGACUGCACAGCAAGAAGGAAGUGCCCAUUCACAGGGUGGCAGACAUUUCAGGGGAGACACAGAAGGCGAAACAGUUCUUGCCUUUCCUGCAGAGAGCGGGCCGUUCGGAGGCUGUGGUGGAGUACGUGUUCAGUGGCUCUAGACUCAAGCUCUACAUGCCCAAAGAAACAUGUCUCAUCACCUUCCUGCUCGCUGGUAUCGAGUGUCCCCGAGGGUCUCGAAACAUGCCGGGUGGGAUGCAGGUGGCAGAGCCAUACAGCGAGGAAGCCACAAUCUUCACCAAAGAGCUGGUUCUUCAGAGAGAGGUGGAAGUGGAGGUGGAGAGCAUGGACAAAGCAGGAAACUUUAUUGGCUGGCUUCACAUCGAGGGCGUGAAUUUGUCCAUCGCUCUGGUGGAGAACGCCCUCUCGAAGGUCCAUUUCACUGCGGAGAGAAGCUCCUACUACAAGACUCUUGUGUCUGCGGAGGAAACCGCCAGACAGAGGAAAGAGAAGCUCUGGGCCAAUUAUGAAGAGAAACCAAAAGAAGAGGUGGCUCAGUUCACAGAGGAGAAGGAACGUGUGGCGAAAUACAGAUCCGUCUAUGUCACCGAGAUCACAGAUGGACUGCACUUCUACGCACAGGAUGUGGAAACUGGUACUAAGCUGGAGAGUCUGAUGGAGAGCAUGCGAGGAGAGAUUGCCGCCCAGCCUCCGGUGGAAGGAUCCUUUUCCCCACGCAGAGGGGAUUUCUGCAUCGCAAAGUUUGCUGACGGAGAAUGGUACAGAGCUCGUGUCGAGAAAAUUGAAUCUCCAGCGAAGGUUCACGUGUUCUACAUCGACUAUGGAAACAGAGAGAUAUUAUCCUCCACACGUCUCGCAGCCCUUCCUCCAGCCUUCAGCACACGUACGCUUCCUCCACAGGCUACAGAAUACGCAUUUGCCUUCAUUCAGGUCCCACAGGAUGAAGACGCACGGGCCGACGCCGUGGACAGUGUGGUCAGGGACAUUCAAAACACACAAUGUCUGCUGAAUGUGGAAUACAGUGGAGCUGCCUGCCCGCACGUCACGCUGCAGUUCGCUGACUCGAAAGACGACGUGGGUCUGGGUCUGGUGAAGGAAGGCCUUGUCAUGGUGGACGUACGGAAAGAGAAGCACCUGCAGAAAAUGGUGACUGAAUAUCUGAACGGCCAGGAGUCUGCUAAGAGUGCCAGGCUUAACAUUUGGCGUUACGGAGAUUUCCGUGAUGACGACGCAGAUGAGUUCGGGUAUCGCCGCUAAGUCGUUGUUCCAAAGACCUUGUGGAAGACAAGAUGCAUUCGCAGAGAAAACAAAAACAAAAAUCAUGAAAAAAAAACACAACAAAACAUCAGUAUGCUCUUAUUUUUUUCUAAUGUUGAACAUUUGCCUCUCUCUGUUGGUUUUUUUUUUUAAUACUCUGUGCAUAUCCUCUCUUCUGCCCAAGGACUUUGUUUCUUAUCAUUUUCUUUUUUUAAGUGAGUAUGCUACAGAUAACUCUACCUGUAGCUGCUUCCAAUAGGACCAACGUACUUACCUUAAUCUUAAAUUUUGACAUGUUAGCCAAUCAUCUUUCAUGUAAAUUUUUAGCCAAUCACCAGCUGUCAAACCCCAUCCUAGCAAACCUGAUCUGCCCAAUCAGAUUUCUAUAUUUUGGGGCAAGACUUUUAAAGAAAUGAGGGGGAUGCACAGAGCAACCACGAACCUGACAGCUUGCUGAGAAAACGCCUCCUUAAUCAUGAGAUUCUAUAUUUCAGUAUAUAUAUGGAUAUUUUGAAGUUAGAUCAAAACUAACCAAGUGAACUUCCUGAGCGUAUUUUUGUCUCUCUCUCUGAUGUGAUCUGAGUGUUCAGUGACAUUUCUGGGCAUUUGUGUAGGAUGUGUGUUUUCUCUUUUUCUGUGGCAAAAGAACCGCUGCCAGCACCUUUACAAGCGUCUCUCGGCCUCCUCUGUGAGGUUUACUCAACGGUCAUCGUUUCUUCUUUUCACGCUCUUGCUCGCCAUACAGAAACAGUGUUUGAAUUUGUUUCCUUCUGAGGUAGACCCUGUCAUUGUAUUUAAAUCUGAUAAAUAAAAAUGAGCAAAGUGC